AUGGCGGAGGAUCGAGAGUACGAUGGGUAUAACCCAAAUCCAAAGAGGAGACGACUUGAUACACCUCGACAAAGAUUUCAGAAUGAUUCGCGCGCCUCAACUCCCCACAGGGCACAAUCGCGUUAUGCUUCUACACCACCGCCCCGAAAUAUAGGACCGACCGAGGAGGAUUCGAAGGCGUUAGACCGAGACUGGUACGGAGGUGAUGAAUUUGGCGGUCACAGUUUUGGAGAUGAAGCCCAUAACCCAUUCGCCUCCUACGACUCCUGGGAAGGACAGCAACAGGAAACCGCCCGACACGAAAAGAUGACUAGUCGUUUUGACGCGCGGCGAGACCAGAGGAACCGAGAGAAUGAUGCUUGGGAAACGAACCGAAUGCUGCAAUCAGGCGUCGCGCAAAGACGGGAUAUGGCAUCCGACUUCAUUGACGAUGAUGAGUCGAUUAGAGUUCAUCUUCUGGUACACGAUCUACGGCCACCCUUUCUGGACGGACGAACUAUUUUCACAAAGCAACUAGAACCAAUUCCAGCUGUCAAAGAUCCUCAGAGUCAUAUGGCCGUUUUCAGUCGCAAGGGCAGUAAGGUGGUGAAGGAAGCAAGGCAGCAAAGAGAACGUCAACGGCAAGCCAAGGAAGCCACAAGCAUGACCGGAACGACUCUUGGAAACAUUAUGGGUGCAAAAGAGGAAGACGGCGAUUCUGCACUGCCAUUACCUGCUGAAGAUAACGCCGACCCGAGUGAGCGCAAGGGUAACAAAUUCAGCGCACAUAUGAAGAAGGCCGAUGGCGCGAGUAACUUCAGCCAGAGCAAGACCUUACGGGAGCAACGGGAAUAUCUGCCUGCGUUUGCAGUUCGUGAAGACCUUCUCAGUGUCAUUAGAGAAAACCAAGUUGUUAUCUGUGUUGGUGAGACAGGUUCUGGCAAGACGACACAGCUGACGCAGUUCCUCCAAGAGGAUGGAUAUGGAAAGACGGGCAUGAUUGGAUGUACACAACCGCGACGCGUGGCUGCAAUGAGUGUAGCCAAGCGUGUUGCUGAAGAGAUGGAGGUUGAGUUAGGAAGCACGGUCGGUUAUGCGAUUCGCUUUGAAGACUGCACCAGCAAAGAGACAGUCAUCAAAUACAUGACCGAUGGUGUUCUCUUGCGAGAAUCCCUCAACGAGCCUGAUCUAGAUCGAUAUUCAUGUGUCAUCAUGGACGAGGCCCACGAGCGUGCCUUGAACACAGAUAUCCUGAUGGGUUUGUUCAAGAAGAUUUUGCAGAGGCGUCGCGACCUGAAGCUCAUCGUCACUUCGGCCACCAUGAACUCGAAACGCUUCUCAGACUUCUUUGGUGGUGCACCUGAGUUCAUCAUUCCUGGACGAACUUUCCCGGUCGACGUCAUGUUUCAUCGGUCUCCCGUUGAGGAUUAUGUAGACCAGGCAGUUCAUCAAGUGUUGUCAAUUCAUGUUUCAAUGGGCCCUGGCGAUAUUUUAGUAUUCAUGACAGGUCAAGAAGACAUCGAAAUCACUUGCGAGCUUAUCCAAAAACGACUUGAUGCCCUCAACGACCCCCCAAAGCUGAGUAUCUUACCUAUAUACAGUCAAAUGCCUGCAGAUCUGCAAGCAAAGAUUUUCGACAAAGCUGCGCCUGGUGUCCGAAAAUGCAUUGUCGCCACCAACAUUGCUGAAACUAGUUUGACGGUCGAUGGUAUUAAAUACGUCGUGGAUGCUGGCUACUCCAAGAUGAAAGUCUACAAUCCGAAAAUCGGCAUGGAUACGCUUCAGAUCACACCCAUCUCGCAGGCCAACGCCUCGCAACGUUCAGGACGAGCCGGUCGAACCGGGCCUGGAAAGGCCUUUCGACUGUACUCAGAAAAGGAGUUCAAGGAAGAUCUGUACUUACAGACUAUUCCUGAAAUCCAGCGCACGAAUCUUGCUAACACUGUCUUGAUGUUGAAAUCUCUCGGCGUCAAGGACCUCUUGGACUUUGACUUUAUGGACCCUCCUCCGCAAGACACUAUCACAACAUCAAUGUUUGACUUAUGGGCUCUUGGUGCGCUUGACAAUCUCGGUGAGCUUACUGAUCUUGGAAAGAAAAUGAGUGCUUUUCCCAUGGACCCCUCGCUGGCCAAGCUUCUCAUUACAGCGGAAGAAUAUGGCUGCAGUGAAGAGAUGAUUACCAUUGUUUCUAUGCUGUCCGUGCCAAACGUUUUCUACCGACCGAAGGAGAGACAAGAAGAAGCUGAUGCUGCCCGCGAGAAAUUCUGGGUGCAUGAGUCAGAUCAUUUGACAUACCUCCAGGUUUACACAAACUGGAAGGCCAACGGUUACUCCGACGGCUGGUGUGUUAAGCACUUUCUACACCCGAAAUCUUUGAGGCGGGCCAAGGAAAUUCGUGAACAGCUUUUGGAUAUUGUCCGUAUGCAAAAGAUGGAAUUGACAAGCUGUGGAAUGGACUGGGACAUUGUCCGCAAGUGCAUUUGCUCGGGAUACUACCACCAAGCAGCCAAAUACAAAGGCUCAGGCGAAUACAUCAACCUGCGCACCAACCUCGGUGUGCAGCUGCACCCAACAAGCGCAUUGUAUGCAGGGCACCCACCGGAUUACAUCGUUUACCACGAGUUGAUCCUCACUUCCAAGGUCUAUGUUUCAACAGUGACAGCCGUGGACCCCCACUGGCUUGCAGAUCUCGGUGGUGUCUUCUACUCGGUUAAGGAAAAGGGUUAUUCGGUUCGGGAUAAACGAAUCACUGAAACAGAAUUCAACCGAAAGAUGGAGAUUGAGGCCAAGAUGGCUGAUGACAAGCGGAAGGACGAAGAAAGGAAACAGAUAGAAGAAGAUCGGACUCAAAAGAAGAGCAAGAAGAUAGGGGCAGACGAUACCCAGACAAUCACCAUGUCUUCCAUGAUUACAGCCGCACAGUGGGUCCCCAGGGGCUUCGCUGCGCCUUUCCCUCAGAAGUAUACCCUGGAUGAGGCAGAGUUUGAACGGAUAGCGGAGCUUGCCAAGCUUCAACUGGACGACGCCCAAGAGGAUCUCGAGGAAGCUGAAGCUACGCAGAAGGGGACGAAGGCUAACCAGACCACGGACGAUGAAGAGGACUCGGAGAUGAAGGUUGAUGAAGACAACCCGGCCGAGAAGACAGAGAUCAACCUUAAUGAUGAUGACCUAAAAGAAUAUGAUUUGGAAAAUUACGACAACGACGACGACGAAGAUGUGCCUGGAAACGGCGAGGGCAUGGGUAUGUUUGGUAACAUCAAGUCGCUGGCAUACUACGAGUCGAAUAAGGACGACCCCUACAUCACAAUUGAUGCCGACAAGGAACAGGAGGAUGAGGACCGGGAAGAGCUCCAGAUUCUCGCGACUGACAAUCUUAUUGUGGCUGCCAAGGUUGAAGACGAGAUGGCGCACCUUGAGGUUUUCGUUUACGAGGAUGAGGCUGACAACCUUUACGUCCACCACGACAUUAUGCUGCCAGCCAUCCCUCUGUGUGUCGAGUGGAUCGACAUGCCCGUCAACAAGGCCGGUGUAGAGAAGGACUCGGCAGGUAACUUCGUCGCCGUUGGCACAAUGGACCCCGAUAUCGAGGUGUGGGAUUUGGACACCAUCGACUGCAUGUACCCCAAUGCGAUCCUCGGCCAGGGAGGCAACGAGGAGGAGAAGAAGUCAAAAAAGAAGAAGAAGAAGUCCAAGAAGUCCAACGACGAACACCACGUUGACGCUGUCCUGUCCUUGGCUGCAAACCGCAAGCAUCGCAAUCUGAUGGCUUCAGCCUCUGCCGACAAGACGGUCAAGCUGUGGGAUCUCAACACGGCAAAGUGCGCCAAGUCGUAUACUUAUCACACCGACAAGGUGUGCUCACUUGCGUGGCACGCGAACGAGCCUACCGUUCUGCUUAGCGGUUCUUACGACCGAACUGUGGUGGCUGCCGAUAUGCGUGCACCAGAUGCUAAGCCUCCCCGAUGGGGCGUCGAGAGCGACGUCGAGAAUGUGCGGUGGGAUCCUCACGACCCGAACUUCUUCUUCGUGUCCACGGAGAACGGUGUCAUCCACUACCACGAUGUCCGCAAUGCACCGUCCGACCCUACGGGCACCAAGGCUGUCUGGACACUUCAGGCUCACGACGAGUCUGUGUCUUCGUUCGAUAUCAACCCCGUGGUCCCCGGUUACAUGGUGACCGGCUCGACCGACAAGACGGUCAAGCUGUGGAACAUCCAGCCCACAGGGCCCUCUGUAGUGGUUUCGCGCAACCUCGACGUCGGAAAGGUCUUCUCCACCACGUUCGCGCCAGACCCGGAGGUUGCCUUCCGCCUCGCCGUCGCCGGAAGCAAGGGAACAAUGCACGUGUGGGACACCAGCACCAACGCGUCGGUGCGCAAGGCCUUUGCUCAGCGGGUGCCCGAGCAGCGCGGGAAGGGUGAAGAUCGCCUCGUGGGUGUUAACAACGAUGACAGCUCUGACGAUGACGAUGAGGAGGAUGACAAGCAGGACGAUGAUGAUUCGAUGGAUGAGAACUAG